AUGGCCCUGGAUCCUUUACAGAUUUUCAUGAAAACCCUUAUGGGGAAGACCAUCGCUCUCGAGGUUGAACCCCCAGGUACAAUAGAAAAUGUAAAGGCCAAGAUCCAGGAUAAGGAAGGAAUUCCUCUUGAUCAGCAGAGACUGAUUUUUGUAAGCAAUGGGAAGAUGCAUGUACUUUGUCUGACUGCAAUAUUUAAAGAGUCCACUCUUCAUCUUGUGUUGAGACUUCGUGAUGCCAAGAAAAGGAAGAGUAAGUCUUACACCACUCCCAAGUAUAAGCAUAAGAAAAAGAAGGUUAAGGUGGCUGUUCUGAAAUAUUUUAAAGUUGAUGAGAAUAGCACAAUCAGUUGUCUUUGUGGGGAGUGCCCCACAGAUGAAUGUGGUGCUGGAGUUUUUAUGGCUAGCCACUUUAACAGACAUUAUUGUAGUAAAUGUCUGACCUAUUGCUUCAACAAACCGGAAGACAAGGAAUUGUAUAGAGAUUAA